ACUCCCCCACCCACCCGAACACCCAGUCUGACUGGAGACAGCCGGAUGCCGGCUGACCCUGGGCCCGAGGUGGGCAGUGGCUGGCCGGGCUUCCUCAUGUCCUGCCUGAAGGGCCCCCAUGUCAUCCUCAAGAUGGAGGCCAUGAAGAUGGUCCACCCUGAGAAGUUCCCCGAGCUGCAGGUGGCCGCCCCCUGCUUCCCACCUGCACCCCGGCCCACCCCCGCUCUGGCACCCAAGAGAGCCUGGCCCUCAGACACAGAGAUCAUCGUCAACCAGGCCUGUGGGGGGGACAUGCCUGCCUUGGAAGGGGCGCCCUGCACCCCGCCACUGCCACGUCGGCCCCGCAAGGGCAGCGCGGAGCUGGGCUUCCCCCGAGUGGCGCCGGCGGACGAGGUCAUCGUGAAUCAGUACGUGAUUCGGCCUGGCCCUGCGGCCUCAGGGGCCUCCGCGGCAGCGGCAGCGGCAGCGGCUGCAGGAGAGCCUCUGGAGUGCCCCACCUGCGGGCACACGUACAACGUCACGCAGCGGCGGCCCCGCGUGCUGUCCUGCCUGCACUCUGUGUGUGAGCAGUGCUUGCAGAUUCUCUACGAGUCUUGCCCCAAGUACAAGUUCAUCUCCUGUCCCACGUGCCGCCGCGAGACUGUGCUCUUCACUGACUACGGCCUGGCUGCGCUGGCCGUCAACACGUCCAUCUUGAGCCGCCUGCCACCCGAGGCACUGACCGCUCCGUCCGGUGGCCAGUGGGGGGGCGAGCCUGAGGGCAGCUGCUACCAGACCUUCCGGCAGUACUGCGGGGCCGCGUGCACCUGCCACGUGCGGAACCCGCUGUCUGCCUGCUCCAUCAUGUAGCGCCCGCCCGCCCGCCACCGCCCACCAGUCCUCGCUCGCUGCUUCUUCAGGGAUCUGGCCCUGCCCUGUUGCCCACUGACCCCUUGCCCACCACAGCUUCUGGCCCCCACCCACGUGGCACUGUCGCUGCAGCCAACUUUGCCAUUAAAACUCUGCCAAAGUCUGCACCUCGUUCCCUGGACUGAAGCCUAGGCCUGCGCACAGGCCUGGGCCAGGGUGGGCACCCAGGGCUGCAGCCCCGACAGGGUCCAGGCUGGAGCAGCCAGAGGGAGGCCCAGCGCUGUUUGGGGUCAGCCUGGUCUGCUCGCUGGGGGCCAGUCUGGUCCAGGCACGCUGCUCAGGAGGGCUGGGCCUGACUGUGUGUGUGU